AUGACAGUUGAAGUCCACGUGGUUCAUUUUGUUGAUAUAGAUAGUGUUCGCUUUUAUCAGGACCGUUGUCUUCGUCUUGGGGCCGAAUUAGCAGAGGACCACAGUCUUGAUACUCACAGGUUUCUAGUCUGGUUCAUUAAGAAAGAUCACAGUUAUGCAACUUCACAUCCUAUUGGGGACAACAAACCAAUUUACUAUCUUGGAGCAACUGACCACGAUCUUGAUUACGACUGGGUCUGGGAGAGUACGGGGAAAGUUGUUUACCCAGAGAUGUUCGGCAAAGGUCAACCUGACCGACAUGAUAAUCACCGUCAGGAGUGUUUAUCAAUCAAUGUGAGAGACGACUGGGACUCUGACAGUAAUUGGGACGACGUGAAAUGUGACUCUCCUAAAAACAUGUAUAUCUGUGAGAUGAAAGACUCCGGACACAGUGGGUCUCAUCUUAUAGGAUGACCAGAUGCAGUCAAUAGGUUUAUAGAAAUAAAAUGAUAAGAUUAAGAUUGACCUUCUGCGACAUUGAAUGAGACCUCAUUAAUAAAAUUGCU